UCUCCAUUAUAAAAUUUAAUUUCCUUUUUGUUUCCUUUUCAACUAUGGAUUACGCGUCAAAACAGCUAUAUGCUUCUCCCCUUCCCUUUUGCCCUUUCGCGCGAUAUACCAACAAUGAAGAGGAGUUUCAAUUGAUACAUUUCGGAGAGUCACCAAUUCAUUCUGACGCCGAGUACGACAAGUCUUCACAAUUAUCCUCACCUCACUUCCGUCCAUUAGAUUGGUGCAACAAAAUAGAGGAUACAUACGAAACCUUCUCAUGCGGGAUUUGCACGAAUCCCAUAAUUGACACCCCAUUUUAUUCUUGCAAAGAAUGUCUUUACAAAUUUUCAUCGUUACAUGCCAUUGGUUUUCACAAAGAGUGUAUCAAGCCGAUAUUAAAGCACCCAUAUCAUCCUAAACAUUAUCUUCGAUUUGUUCAUUAUCCAGAAUGGAGUGGUAAUGAUAAGCUAUGCUUUUGUUCAAAUUUUAGUGCUUCGAUUUACAGCUGCUCUUUAUGCGAUUUUAUUAUAUGUCAACCUUGUUUGCAAAAUCCACCACUCCUUGCAAUAGACCAUCCAAAAAAGCAUAAGCAUACCCUCUUCUACUUUCCUAGAAAAGGCUCAUUGAUUUGUGAUGUUUGUGCGUUGAGCGAUCACAGGUUUUUGAUGUAUUCAUGCACUCAAUGUGAUUUUCUAACCCACAUAGACUGUGUCUACUUGCCAUCUGUCAUAAAAAUUUCGCGUCAUAAACACCGCCUCUCUUUCACUUCUUCACCUACUCCAGGCAAAUGGUGGUGUGGAGUGUGUCGUGGAAAGGUAGAAAUAGAUUAUGGAAGGUAUUCUUGCGUGAAGGGUUGCAAUUAUGGGGUUCAUUCUAAAUGUGCAACACGGAAAGAUGUAUGGGAUGGAAAAGAACUUGAGGAAACACCAGAAGAUGCAUAUGAAGAAGUUGUUAAGUCUUAUAAUGAGAUAAGUGAUGGAAUCAUACAACAUUUCAGUCAUCAAAACCAUCAUAUGAGACUUAAUGUGGUGACUGAUAGAACAUUUGACGAGAACAAAUGUUGUCAAGCAUGCACACUUCCUAUUUGUGAUGGUAUUAUUUACAAUUGCAUGCAAUGUGAUUUUGUUCUCCAUCAAGAAUGUGCACAUCUUCCUCGUAAGAAACAACAUGCGACACAUCCCCAUCCCCUUAGUCUACAAGUGGAUCAUCCAGACGGUUGGUUCACAUGUGAAGCUUGUGAUCGUAGAAGCAAUGGUUUUGGAUACUUGUGUUGUGAAAGAGAGUGUGAUUACAUGUUAGACGUGUGUUGCGCUUCUAUAACUGAGGCAUUGGAUAAUCCACAUCAUCCACACCCCGUUUAUCUUACAUUUAACCCUGAAACUUUGCAAUACUGUUGGAUUUGCCAAAAAUUGGGAGAUAUGCGUCUAAAUUGUGGAGAAUGUACUUUUGUUUUGUGUUUUGGUUGCGCCAAAUUGCCAACUAAAUUGAGGUGCAAGCAUGAUCAACAUUUUCUCAUAUUUGCUUAUGAUAAAGACGCGAGUGGUAAUUAUGUGUGUGAUGUUUGUGAAAAAGAAGCAAAUCCAAAGAAUGGAAUUUAUACUUGCAAUGAGUGCGACGUCACAUUGCAUAUUGAAUGUUUACUUGGAGUUAGAGAGGACAUGUAUAUGAUGCCUAGGAGAGAAUUCAUAUUCCGUGAACUAGAUGUUAACGUUCUUCCCAAUAAUCGUCUUACUCGCAACAUAUGCAGGUGUUGCCACAAUCGUUGUACUAAUAAAGUAGUCUACAAAAUAUCUGAUACAAUAAAAUUAUGCUCUUUAUUUUGUAUAUAUGAAUGGUGGUACAAAAAGAAUUAUUCUACUAUAUGAUUUGGCUUAAAACUUGAA